GCAAAUCGAAUAUUUAUGAAUAAACGCAAGAUUUAUCACACAACUUAAUGAGUGCAGUUGAAUAACGAAUAUUUGUUUUAUAAAUAGACUCAAGCAUGUGCAGACUUCGGAACGUAUCACGAGAUUUUGACAGAUUCCGUAGCGUAAAAUGUCAUUCAAAGUGAUAUAGGUUAUGUUGUCUAUAUUUUAUAUAAAAUGUAAUUAGUAACAUAAAUUAGUAGUGCUGGUGGCGUAAAACACAAUAUGACCACUUCACCCACCAAAACCAAACAGAAGCUGUCGUUACGGAAACGGUUGUUCGUUAAAAAGUCACCCAAAGUUGGCUGCUAUGUCGAUACAGAUUCCAAUGAUGAGUUUUCACAGUCGACGUCUCGUCCGAUUUCCCCGGCCGACCCGUUCCUUGCUCAUAGUCAGUUACAAGUCAAUACGAGCCUGGAGUCUAUCGAUAACCACAAGAAUGCCUCGGAGCCCUUUAGCAACAACACUAGCCAGGGCAGUGAUCACAAGGACGACGAUACCGAUCCUCAGUGCUGUAAAACAUUCUUCAGAAGAUCUCGGCCGAGGAGUCUAGUAGAAGCACAAUCGAAACCUGACACCAAUUCUAGACCAUCCAGCCCGGUCACUAGUAAUAGUUAUAGUGAAAACUCACAAACCAAGUCUGAAGAAAUACCCAAAGUUACUGUUAAGUUUCCAAAGAAUGACGAUCCUCGAAAGUACUUUGAACAUUCAGGGUCCUUUGAAGGUAUAAAACCAAAGAGUAAACUGUUUGUCAAGAGAUUAUCAGCUGAUCAUUUAAUAUCUAAUGACACCAAACCACUGUUUCAUACAUCAUCUCCUGAAAGUGAUAGAAGCAGUUCUUUAGAUCGCAAAAGAAGGACAAAGUCAACAAUAACCAGAUCUCAUUCCCGUGCGGGUAGCACAGACAGCUUGGUUCGCAACUCUCUGCUCGCUGCUCAGGUGCUUCGGCUCAUUCCCACUCAGGAGGCGAGGGAGAGGAAUUAUUUGUAUGGGCGACUAGCAUCCCACUCCCUACUGGGUGCUGCUGAGUUGGAACACGUCUUUCCAGAAAGGGAGGUGAAAAUAUUCGUGGGAACAUGGAAUAUGAAUGGCCAAGCUCCACCCAAAGAACUAGCCGACUUUAUUUUCCCGAACCAAGUGAAACACGUGCCAGACAUAUUCGCCAUCGGCACUCAGGAGUCAUAUUCGGAGAGGACAGAGUGGGAAAUUACCAUUCAGGAAGUCUUAGGACCGUCACAUUUGCUCCUUCACUCUUAUUAUUUAGGAACAAUUCACUUAACAGUGUUCAUCAGAAGGGAUCUAAUAUGGUUCUGCUCGCUACCUGAAGACGCCAGCCUGUCUGUUCGGCCGGGUACUGCCUUCCGGACAAAAGGCGCUGUGGCCAUAUCUUUCGCACUGUUCGGUUCGACCUUUCUCUUCGUCACCGCGCACUUGACCGCGCACCAGGAGAAGGUCAAAGAGAGAGUAUCGGAUAUCAAGAGAAUAAUUAGGGCUAUCGAUUUACCAAAGAAUUUGCCGUGCAGACAUAAAAGUAAAGAUGUGACAAACAACUUUGAUUACGUUUUCUGGUGCGGUGAUCUAAAUUUUCGGCUGGGUGAACCGAGAACUGCUGUUUUACGGUGGAUAGAGCAGACUGAAUUUCCGCUGCCUCAUCACCUGCCGCACGGGCUGCUGCACGCGGACCAGCUGACGGCCGUGCUGGAAGACGGCGCGGCCUUCAGGGACUUCCGAGAAGCGCCCAUCACCUUCCCGCCCACGUAUAAGUACGAUCCGGGCAGUCAGCAAUUCGACACUUCAAGCAAACAGCGCGCUCCGGCCUACACCGAUAGGAUACUCUUCAAGGCCCGGACUAUGACAGGGAACUCCUCGGCCUUCUCAGUGAUUUCAGGUCUACGCCGUCUGAGCGCAGUCCCAGUGCAGUCGGGGUUGAAGUGUGAACUAUACAACUCUGUGCAGUCGAUAUGCACCAGCGACCAUAAGCCGGUGUGGGGCUUGUUCUCGGCAGCGCUCCGCCCUGGCACUGACGUGGUACCCCUAGCAGCAGGGCUGUUCAACCGCGAGGUGUACCUCGAGGGCAUCAAGCGUAGGCGCGCUGUUCUCGACCACGCGCCGGGCACGUCCGCCGUCUGCGCCAUACAAUAACCCAGCCACAUAAUUGCUUUACUAAAAUAGACCUCCGGUACGACGCUCACAUGUAGUGCAUAAUUAUUUUCCAUCGUUUCUUCACGGAAACUUACGCACGAGUCUUUCUAUUUCAGUCAGUCUCUGUACAAAAAGUAUUGAGGUUGACUGAAGUAGCAUGACAAAUACGAACGUUUCCGAGAAUAUCCGAUGGAAAAAAAUUAUACACUACAUCCUGUAGGUGCUUAUAUUGAACCACAUAUUCCGGCUACGCAUCUGUGAUAGGGCUAAGUGAAGGGAGUUUUUCGGCUCGGACCAUCGACAGAGCCAUUGUAUUUGGUGGACUACAAAAAGCGUGCUAAACAUACUUAAUGGAAGACACCAAACCCUUAGACAAAGCACGUUGUAAAACCGACUUUAUUAAUAUGCAUCAAAAUCCAAUUUAUACAAAUGAGUUGUAUGCCGUGUAGGAAGAUUGAACGGCCGGAUUAAGAUUACGCCAGACCUGGACAGACCUUUGUGAUUCAAGUAAGCAUUUGAAAUGCAGUUUAGCGUAACAAUGUAAGUCUAAACUGUAAUUGUUGAUUCGGACACUAUUUUAAUAAGGCAAUUAUUGUUAGAAUAUUUUCUGAAACUUUUUGUUACGGGGCUAAGUAUGUUUCGAAUGUCUUAUAUCAGUAUUUUAUACAAGGUGACACAUUUGGGUUUAUGUUUGUUUAGUUAAUAUUGUAACAAAUGUCUCUAAUGUCUGUCAUUCUGUCAUAACGAUGGUUAUUUUCUUUUGAAAUUAAGACGAAACAGGAGUUAAAUAUUUUAGGUAAAUAUACCCGUCUCGCUAACGGAAGCGGCUCCUAAAACUAGUGCGAUAAAGACAAGGCGAAAAAUCCUGCGUAAAAAUCUCAAAAAUCGAAUUUUCGUACUCGACUGUUUCCUCCUCCAAAACUUAACCAAUCGUAACCAAAUUUGGAAAUCUAAAAAAUUAUGAAAUUAUCUGUGUCGAACCGUUUUGCUUUUUUGGCUAAUUGAUAUCAGUUUUGAAUACUACGCCUCUUAUUGCGGCAUAGUCAAUGAGGCCAUUUUAGCCAUUUUUGAAGGCUACUAGCGCAUUAAAAAACAAAAAUAUCAAAAAAAGCAAAAGGGUCCGACUCAGAUAUUGACAAUAUUAAUCUGUGUUGAAAAAAUCAUUGCUCUAGCAUCAAAACCCACGGAGGAAACAGUCGAGUACGUUUGUAUGGAGAAAUGACCACUCCUGUUGGCUCUUAAGCUUAAUGCACAAUUACGCAUUGUAGAUAUGCACAAAUUAUUAGUCGUAUCACGGUCCUUUGCUAUUUAAAUACUUCAAAUAUUCUAUUUAUAUACACUCGGGACCAAAAAAUCGACUCAUGUCGCAUUUUUUAGUUUUUAUCGUGUUUUUUGAAAACGGUUAAUAUUUUAGUAAAAGUGAGAUUGCAAUAUUAUAUGUAGUUUAUUUAUUAAGCUAUCAAAAACAUUAAUAACCCAUAACGUCGGUUAGGUAAUUUUCAGGUAAUUGUUAUUUUUGUAGAAAAUGAGAUUUUACCUGCUUUGAUUACGCACGAGUUGAGCCCCUUUAACCCUUUAUAAGGCAUAUGGGUGUCAGGAAUUAUGCAAAAUUGAACUCUAUCACUUUGAAAUAAAAUUCAAAAUCAGUUGGGAAAUAUAUUCCCUCUGCCUUAUAAAGGCUUAAGAGCCAUUAAACUUAGCCAUAAUAAGACUUAAACUUAGCUGUUCAGCAACUUCACGCUGCUUAAGGCCUUGAUUCAGCAAGACGAUGACUUGGCUGGCUUCAGUUUCUGUGAUGUCCAUUUUAUCCAGGUGAUUCCAGUGAAUAAUUGCGUGAGAUAUGCACAGGUCAACUUCUGAUAAGCGAAUGAUAAGAAAUAACCGGUUAAUUCGGUUACUAUGGCUCUCAAAGGGGCUCAACUCGUGCGUAUUCAAAGCAGGUAAAAUCUCAUUUUUUUUACAAAAAUGACAAUUACCUGAAAAUUACCUGACCGAUUUUAUGGGUUAUUAAUGUUUUUGAUAGCUUAAUAAAUAAACAAUAAUAUUGCAAUCUCACUUUUACUAAAAUAUUGACCGUUUUCGAAAAACACGACAAAAACUAAAAAAUGCGACUUGAGUCUAUUUUUUUGCUCCCGAGUGUAGUAUAUGUAUUAUUUUAAAUAAAAUAUAGGACUUACAUGAGCUACAAAAUCAUGGUUCAAAAGAGGUUAUUUAGUACAAAGUUUAUUUACUUUAAAAUAUAUUUUUAAUAAGUUGCUCAUUUUACAACGCAAUAUUUAAUUUUUGAAUAUUAUUUAUAGUGCACAAUCGCACAAAUAGGUACAAAAUGAUUAUUUAUGUUUACAUUAUUGUAUUACGAAUAUUAUUUCAUGUUUUGUUAGCUGGUUAAUUGAGAUAAGUUGGAAUUGAAACACAUGAUAAAGACAAGAAAGAAGACAUUGAAAUAUAUUAAUUUUGUUAUAAGUAUUUAAGUUGUUUAAGCUGUACCAAAAAAAGACAUCGUCUAGUCAUUGUAUUGUUGUGUUGCAAACGAGUACUUAAGUUACACAUAUUUUUUUAAAGUUGCUUAUUUAUUUUUGGUUAUUAAUGGGUUUGUUACGGUAUGUUAGAAGUUGGAAUUGAAGUGGAUCUGACAAUCAAGUUAGAGCUAUAGAAUCCCAAUUUUAAAGUAUUUCAUAGUAUUACAAGAAUUGCCUGUCCAAUAUCACUUUUAAAAUUAUUUGUAAUAAGAGACGUGUAACUAAGUUAUUUGUUAAAAUUCUAAUCUUUUCAUUUAGGCAGUAUACCUAAAGACGUUAUUCGAACCGAUUCAUUUGGCAACGAUGCGAUGAUUUGCAAAUGUUCACUUUAUACCUAAAUUGUAACUGACCACCACAAUUCCAAACUCUUACCAACUAUGUAUAUAUGUAAAAUGGGUCCCAUGCCAAUGAUAUGUCAUAAUGUAGGUAUGUACAUAAGAUGUCCAUAAGUCAUAAAACCCAUUGCUUAUUUCUUAAUAUUACGUUUUAAAAAAGCUGUUUAACGGUUAAUAUUGAUGUUUCCUGUAGAGGUUUUAAGGUGCUUUUUCAGCGACGGAGCGAGGCAAGGACCGAAUUCAAAUUCUGUCCCUAACAAACAAAUAGGUUAUAUUUAGUAACAACACUAUUGUGAUGUCUUGCCUCGUCGUUAAAGAAAACAACAUUAAUAACCGUCCAAUCUAUUGAACUUUCUUAAGGUUCGGCCACACCGCUGCUCAGAAUAGGGUGACGGUACGGAAUCCCAGUGACAUGCCUCGUGUGAAACUACGAUGCGUCAGCGUAUUUUAUGCAGCGGUGUGGAAAGCAUGCGGUAAAAUCGUGACGUUUACGGCACGUCACUGCGAUUCCGUAGUCACCGUAGGUAUUAAUGAGCAGCCGUGUGGCCGAUAUUUUAUAAUAAUACCUAUAUUUGAUUGAUUGAUUAACCACCAAUUUGAAUUAAGUAGAUUGGAUUUGGAGUAGUCUUGCGUUUUAAUCCUUGCGAUGAGUUAAAUAUAAAAUGAACGCGCUUUAUGUAUAUUUUUUAAGUUAUUAACAUUAUUAAAUGUUUCUAAUAUAUUAGCUCUGUGUUGUACAUGAAAGUAUCUUAGACCUUGAGUUUUAGCUGAUACUUUAUUUAAAGUGGUUAGUACUGUUAGUAGCCCAGGUAGGAAAGAAUGAGCUUGUACUAUAAAUGUAAUAUAUAUGUGUGAUGUUUCUGAAACAGUAGCGAGGCUUCGCACCGGAGAGGACCAUUGUUGAGAACUUUUACACAUUUAUGUUGAGAUAAAACAUAAAUGUGUAGUACAAAGGCAACUUAUCCCUAAGAGGGAUCUCUUCCAGUUAACCCAUACCUAUAGUUCGUUUUUUUAGCAUUAGAAAGAAGGUAAGCGAUCUUGACGUCUUUUUAUUAAAACUCACCAUAGAAAAAUAAGUCAUAGCAAAUAUGUUAGAAUUAUAAAUCAUAUACGAUCUUUUACAUUAUAUAUCUUGCUUUUAUAAGUAGUAUAUAAACUAAUUUAUUAAAGCCUUUUUCAAUAUAAAAAAAAAAGACGUCAAGAUUCCUUCCUUCCAAUGCUAAAAAAACGAACAAUAGAGUAAUUAUGUUUAUAGUCUCAUAAAAGGACUCGUUUAUUCUUGUAGUUAUAUCUGUUUGUUGUGUAGUUCAUGUACGUAUUUAUACUAGAAUAUGGGACGUGCGAAGCCUCGAUAUUCUCUGCCUUAACACUGUGGAAACAGUACCGUCUGCGAAAUGUUAAGAACAUUUCAAAUCAUGUGCUGUGAUUUACUCUGGUUUCUAGUCUGAUGUCCAUUCCAAAGUUCAUAGCGACUAAACUACCCCUUAGUUCGUUCUAAUUAAUCUUGUAGCGUAUGGUUCCGAAUACCGUGAAUGUGCUAAGACCUACCGCUGAUAGACUUAACAUCAUAUUGGUAAGGGUCAAUUCAUAACUGUCAAAUAUGCGAUCUUACGUUAUUUUAUUAUCAUACUCCACUAUACAUUUAACAUUUUAAAGCGUACAAAAACACAAUUUCAUAAGUCAAUUUUCAAGUCUUUUUAAAGAAAACGCUAGUACAAUCAACAGCAGAAGUUGCUAAGCAGGCCAGGUGUUUAUUGGCGACUUUAUGGUUAAGAGAAUAAGAGCGUGUCGAGGUAAUUUUAAACACCUCGCCCGCUUCGCAACUUCUGCUGCUGAAUGUACCUACAUGUGAGAAGCACUAAGUCUUAGUAGGUACUUACAUAAAUGCAAACCAGUUUGAUAUAUGUCAAAUUAUAAUUGUUUUUAUAGUAUAUACCUAUAUGAUAAACUACCUUUUAUACCUAACUAAAAACUAAAAUUUGGGAUUUUUAUUCGAUUCAAAAUGUUGAAUUGUUAUUAGAACAACAUCAAAAAGUCAUCAUUGUAGGUUUGUUACUACCGAUUGUUUAUAUUUUCUAAACCACUAAUUUCAAUUAUUGUGAUUUUAUUAUAUAAUUAAAUAGGUAGGUACAUACCUACCUAGGUAUUAAAGUUACAGAAGAGAAAAUAAAUGUUUUAGAGUCAGUUCCUACCCUGGAUGAAUAAAACAAGAAGACAGUGUCUGUAUAAAGUAGUGUGUGUGCGUUUCUCGCACGAGUGUGGAGCGGGCUUAAGCGCUAAACAAAAUAGGAGUUAUCCGCAGAUGGUCUAGAACGCAAAAUGGCUAGUGUGUUGUUUUGCCUAAAUCGCAAUUAGUCUACAUCGCAAACGGUCUAGAACGCAAAAUGCCCACUUUUUAUAUCACCACAUUUGACAUAGGCAGGUUAGGUUCGUUAGGUAUCUUCAAAUGGCCGAAGGCCAAACAGCAAAGAAUAGGAGCCCCGCGGUAGCGGGGCUCCGUCGACAUCGCUAUAAAGUUAAGAUAAAACCGAAAAAAUAAUUAGGGCAUUUUGCGUUCUAGACCGUUUGCGAUGUAGACUAAUUGCGAUUUAGGCAAAACAACACACUAGUCAUUUUGCAUUCUAUACCAUCUGCGGAUAACCCCAAAAUAGAUGGAUCUGAGGAUGGUACUCCAUCUGUCCAAUAUUAUGGUCCAAUGUGUAUUUGACUAUUUGCUUGCGCCUCACAUUUUGCUUAGCGUGUUAUUCCACCUAUCCAAUUUCUUUGUCGAAUGUGUAUUGCGUCUCACAUUUUGCUUUAAUGAGAGAGUGAGAUGCUCUGAGAUUGGACAAAGAAGUUGGACAGGUGGAACCACCCUGACUUUCAUUCAAUAGAUGGCUCUGCGGUACCCGAACCUGAAGACAGGUCUAAGCUUCGAACAAAAUAGAUGGAUCUGAGACCUAAGCGAUUUUGUAUAGACGUUUCGAUCUUGUUUUAUUUGUCCAUGGUUCCUAUGAGCCGUAAAUCGUGACUGUCUAAAUAAAUCCACCAGUCUUCCAUACCUUGUAAAGUGAUGUUUGUAUGUGAACAUAAUAUUAUGCUUGUGCUUACAUAGCGUAGCAUUAUAUUAUGGUGACGCUUUUUCACACAAGAACAAUAAUUAAAUAGGGUAAAACAAGGCAAUACUAACUAAUUUCUGAUGGUUCUGAAGUAAUCAAUAAUAACUGCUUUGUUUACCUAUUACAGCUAGUUUAGGUACGUGCUACGCUCAAAAUAUAUUUUUUGCUUCGUAAUAAAAUAAUUGUUAUUAGAAACAGAAUAGUGAUAGGUAUAUUAGGGUGUUAUUCCACCUGUCCAAUUUCUUUGUCCAAUGUCAGUGCGUCUCACUCUCUCAUUAAAGCAAAAUGUGAGACGCAAUACACAUUGGACAAAGAAAUUGGAUAGGUGGAAUACCACCCUUACUUAGCCGUCGUCAAACUAAAAUGC